AUGCAUCCCACAUCUCCUACUCCACUAUUCUGUUACAUAUACCCCACAUCUCCUCCUCAGCUAUUCCGUUACAUGCAUCCCACAUCUCCUCCUCAGCUAUUCCGUUACAUGCAUCCCACAUGUCCUCCUCAGCUAUUCCGUUACAUAUAUCCCACAUCUCCUCCUCAGCUAUUCCGUUACAUGCAUCCCACAUCUCCUCCUCAGCUAUUCCGUUACAUGCAUCCCACAUGUCCUCCUCUGCUAUUCCGUUACAUAUAUCCCACAUCUCCUCCUCAGCUAUUCCGUUACAUGCAUCCCACAUCUCCUCCUCAGCUAUUCCGUUACAUGCAUCCCACAUGUCCUCCUCAGCUAUUCCGUUACAUAUAUCCCACAUCUCCUCCUCAGCUAUUCCGUUACAUGCAUCCCACAUCUCCUCCUCAGCUAUUCCGUUACAUGCAUCCCACAUCUCCUCCUCAGCUAUUCCGUUACAUGCAUCCCACAUCUCCUCCUCAGCUAUUCCGUUACAUGCAUCCCACAUCUCCUCCUCAGCUAUUCCGUUACAUGCAUCCCACAUGUCCUCCUCAGCUAUUCCGUUACAUGCAUCCCACAUCUCCUCCUCUGCUAUUCCGUUACAUGCAUCCCACAUGUCCUCCUCUGCUAUUCCGUUACAUAUAUCCCACAUCUCCUCCUCUGCUAUUCCGUUACAUAUAUCCCACAUCUCCUCCUCUGCUAUUCCGUUACAUGCAUCCCACAUCUCCUCCUCAGCUAUUCUGUUACAUAUAUCCCACAUCUCCUCCUCAGCUAUUCUGUUACAUAUAUCUCACAUCUCCUCCUCUCUUAUUACGUUACAUGCAUCCCACAUCUCCUCCUCUCUUAUUACGUUACAUGCAUCCCACAUCCCUCCUAUUCUGUUACAUGUGUCUCACUAUGUUAACUAUUCCAUACCUAUCCCAUCUCUUCUAUCUGUCAUGCCUCCCCAUUCCCAAAAAGGCCCCAUUCCCACCAUCAUGUCACUUUUGUGAUUUAUCUCUUCCGGUAUCCACAAAGCCUUACUUUUCUUACAGAAUGGCUCCUCUCCUUGGACCUUUGUGUCAUAAAUAUUUAUAUUUGUGUUGUUUAUGUUUUGUGUUCAACAUCUGUUUUAUUCAAAUACUUGAGACAACCUGUCCCUCAUUCCUAGAGAUCUUUUUGCUACUCUUCUGACAAUCAUUUUUCUUCUACGUCAGGUCUGAACCACCUGCUGGCCCACCUGCUGCCCCCAGGGAAGGAGAUCCUGGAGCUCCCCAAGCCAGCAACAAGAAGCUUGAGCAUACUCAAGCACAGGUGGAUGCGGUGAGUGAAUGUGUUUUUCUACACUGGGUGGGAUUGCUUAGAAAUGGAGUUGUCUAACUAUCUCCUAUCUCUUGUGUUCUCUCUAUACUCUAAGGUGGUGGAUCUAGUGCGUGUGAAUGUAGAUAAGGUUAUGCUAAGAGAUCAGAAGCUGUCCGAAGUGGAUGAGCGCGCGGACGCUCUGCAGGCCGGGGCCUUGCAGUUUGAGACCAGUGCGGCAAAACUCAAGCGCAAGUACUGGUGGAAGAACCUCAAGGUAUAACUUUGCCUUAGAAUUUCCAUUUACACUCUGCAACUCUCAAAAAAUCUCCUGUCCCUGUCUUCUAACUGUGACAUUGUCACUCUUGGUUCCCAAGAUUCAUACUUUUAUCUCCCUGAUAUUAAUUUUGUUUCUUUUUGGCCAGUGUGGUGUCUCCCUUUCCUUUUUAGUCAGUUGCACUUUCUUUUUACUCUGGUAUGGAGCUUACUUUAUCGUCCAUGAUCUUCUCUCUUGCUUUGACAUGUUCUCUUCUUUUUUUCUGUGUUAUGAUGCUCGCUCCACGGAACCAUGACUCUGUCAUUCAUUAAUCUCAUACUCUCUUUUCCUAGUAUUUACUCUGGCACAUCACAUUCUGUCUGCUUUAAACGUGUAAAAAUAUGGCUUGCAAUGAUCCCACUUUGAGCCUUGUCAGUCAUCACUCUUGUUUUGUUGAAUAAAGUUUGUACCAUUCCUAUCUCUUCUCUAACCUGUUUUACGAUUGUUUUUGAGGAGACCAAAGACACCUUUUGUUGAGUCCUCUUUCUGUCUUUUUCUCAGCCUGAUCUCUUUCUUGCACAGGUUCUCUCUGACUUUACAUCCUCUUUGAUGUUAAUCAAACAUAUUUCCUGUUCUCUUGUGCUGGCUCUCCUCUAUGUUCAGUUGUUAACUUAUUGUUUCUUAAUGCAUUCCCUGCUAGGCCUUUAACUGCGUUUGCUGUCUCUUCUCUCCUUCUGUUAUAAUUCCAACUAACGGUCACAAUGUCUCUCCACAGAUGAUGAUAAUUAUGGGUGUGAUAUGUGUCAUGAUCCUCAUCAUAAUAAUUAGUAAGUUGUCUUUAUGUGAUGUGUGUCUAUAUACUUGUUUCUUGUAUCUGUGCUGUUCAAACUAGACUGACUGUAUUAACCUCUUAUUUUUCUCUUAUCGUUCUCCAUUCUCUCUCUCUCUCUCUCUCUGCAUUCUCUGUUCUAUCAUUUUUAUUUAACUAACUUUUAACAACCCCUUUGCUUUUUUUUUCUACUAUUUUUUUCUUUUUUCCUUCUGUCCUCCCUGACUUGUUUCCAACCUUGUUGUAUGUCCCUCUCUUUCAUUCCCUCCUCUUUUUGUCCAUCUUGUUUGUCUUCUCCAUUUAUUCCUUAUCUUCUUCCACCAAUUCCAUCUCAUUCAUUGGCCCCCCUUUCAAUUUAUCGCUUCCCAUUCUUUUUCACUUGAUCUCUGCUCCUUCAUUUUCUCAUCUUUUAAAAUCUGCCUUUUAUUUUCCUCCUGUACACCAAUCUUGUCUUCUUCUUUCAUUCGAUUCUUUCUUCUGCCUCGUUUCUACAUCCAUCUACUUUCCUUUCUUUUCCUUUUCCCUGAUUCUAUAUGGUUUUAUUUUCCUUUUUUUAACCCCAUUUCUGCCCCAAUCCCCUUUACUGAACCCUCACCCCCCUAUCACCAUUUUUGUUUUUAUCUUUCCUCCUUCAGUUUACUUCACCACCUAA